AUGAGUGCUGUGAAUCUUAACACAUGGACACACUCCAAUUUCAUGUUCAAUCAAGUUACUGCUACCAGAUUCAGAUCCAGAUCCAUAUCCACAUCUUUCUAUUUUACCAAAAUACCCUCCACCAUUAAACCACAAACCCAUGGACACUCUCCCAUUUCUGUUUCAGCUUUGCUCACUAAACAAGAAACAAUUGAAGCCGAAGAGAAACCGGUUUUCGAUUUCAAAUCUUACAUGAUUGAGAAAGCAACUAGGGUUAACAAAGCCCUAGACGACGCCGUUUCGUUACGCGAGCCGUUAAAAGUUCAUGACGCUAUGCGAUACUCUCUCCUCGCCGGCGGGAAGCGCGUCCGCCCCGUCCUCUGUUUAGCCGCUUGCGACCUCGUCGGAGGUACCGAAUCCAUGUCGAUGCCGGCCGCGUGCGCCGUGGAAAUGAUUCACACUAUGUCGCUCAUCCACGACGACCUUCCGUGUAUGGAUAACGACGAUCUCCGGCGAGGAAAACCGACGAAUCACAAAGUCUACGGAGAAGAUGUCGCGGUUCUCGCCGGAGAUGCGUUACUCGCUUUUGCCUUCGAGCAUAUCGCGGUGUCUACCUCCGGCGUUACUCCGGCGAGAAUUGUCCGUGCAAUCGGGGAGCUGGCGAAGUCAAUCGGCUCCGAAGGUCUCGUCGCCGGUCAAGUUGUUGAUAUAAAUUCCGAAGGUUUAUCAGACGUGGGAAUAGAGAGGCUCGAGUUCAUUCACCUUCAUAAAACCGCUGCUUUGCUAGAAGGUUCCGUUGUUCUCGGUGCGAUUCUUGGCGGUGGUUGCGAUGAAGAUGUUGAAAAACUGAGAAAAUUUGCUAGAUAUAUAGGUUUAUUGUUUCAGGUUGUUGAUGAUAUUCUUGAUGUGACGAAAUCUUCACAGGAAUUAGGGAAAACUGCUGGGAAAGAUUUGGUAGCUGAUAAGGUUACUUAUCCGAAGCUUUUAGGGAUUGAAAAAUCUAAAGAAUUUGCUGAAAAAUUGAACCGUGAUGCACAGGAUCAACUUUCUGGGUUUGAUUCGUAUAAGUCUGCUCCUUUGAUUGCUUUGGCUAAUUACAUUGCGUAUAGGCAAAACUAA